AUGAAAUUGAUAGUUGAAGUAUUAAUAUCACUGCUUUUAAUAAAAGCCAACAUCGUGUUAUCAUGGGAUACACCCAAAGUUGUCGAACCUGGUGAAUUUCCUUACAUAGUUGGAAUAAUGUGGAAACCAAACGAAAUAGCUAUCCACUUUACUUCGUGUGCCGGCGCUAUUCUUAACGAAUUUUGGUACUUAACUGCGGCACACUGCAUCAGUUUUGUAUCACAAAUUGGUUAUAGCGUUAUCAAAGCUGGUACUCAUAAUAUAACUGCAGUUGAUGAAAACAUAAAAUUAAUUAAAAUAGUACAACGUAUUGUUCAUGAAAAAUAUCCAGGUAUGUCACCAAUACACGCAAAUCUGGCCAAUUACGAUAUUGGUUUAGUGAAAGGAGAGGUGGCUCUGACAUUCAACAAUUUUAUAAAACCAAUUAAACUUCCCAAACCCAAGACUUUGAUUGGAGAUCAGAAAUUGGAAUAUAAUUUCAUAGCAAGCGGCUGGGGGUUAUUUCCUCAUGCUUUCGUAUCGCAGAAUCUAAGUGGAAUGCGCACCAUACAUUUGCCUAUAGUACGUAAUAAAGUAUGCCAAGACGCACUCAGAAACCUUAUUCCUGGAUUCACAAUGUCCGAUCAUCAAAUGUGUACCAGACCUCUUGAUGGAACGAUUGGAGCCUGUAUUGCUAAUCAUGGAGGACCCCUUGUUCAAUAUAAUAAAGACAAUAAACCUAUAGUAAUUGGUGUUGUGAGCUGGAGUUCAUUACCCUGCACUACAAAUAAUUUGCCACCAGUUUAUGUACGAGUUUCUCAUUUCGUCAAUUGGAUAAAAAGAAAAAUUGGUGCUAUUAUUACUGAAUUUUGGAUUUUGCUUUCGGCUUAUUGCAUCACCAAUGCACCUUCUAAUGGUACUGUGUAUGUAAGGACUGGCAGUUAUAAUAUUAACAAAGACGAUCAAUUUGUACAUAACGUGCCAAUCAAGCAAAUGAUUGUUCAUGAAAAAUACGAAGGGGCAAAAACACUGAAAACCCUCGCUUGCUACGACAUCGGUCUGAUCCAAUUAGGAAAACAGCUGGACUUUGAUAAACGAGUGCAGCCCAUCCUAAUGGCGAAAUCCAAAACCUGGUCAUAUGAGAUCAAAUUGGGUGACAAUGUGAUCUUGAGUGGCUGGGGCUCGAUAUCCUACGGUGCUCUAUCUGAUCAUCCGGACAUAAUGCGCACCGUCAAUGCAACUAUUAUUUCCAACAACGAGUGCGAGAAUGCUAUCAAGAAGAUCUGGCCUCAAUUCAGAAUAUCUGAAAUGCAGAUAUGCACGACACCUUUGGACGGGAGCCUCGGAGCGUGUAUUGGUGACAUUGGAGGUCCACUUAUUUACCACGAAAAAGUUGAUGUAAUACCGGUGCUAGUGGGUAUAUCCAAUUGGAACUCGGAGCCCUGCAACAAAAAUGGCUUGCCUCCUGUUUACACAAAAGUUGAAUAUUUUCUAGGUUGGGUCGAGCAGAAGCUGAAAGAGAAUUGUAGUCGACCGUCUGGUUAAAUUAAUCGUAAAUACAUUUAUUUGUAUGGAUGAUGUAUCACAUGUCAGUCGAUAUCCUCUUUCUGUAGCUUCUAAAUAGCUUAACUGACAAACUAAUUUUAGCUGCUUAAUUUUAUACGAUAAAAUAAGUGAUUUGUGCUUUUUUUUUCUUUCGUAACUGAUUUUA